AAUCAUUUGCAGUUCUUCAUCAGCUGUACCGUCGGUCGGAUGUGCAAAACCAUAACGGAAUAUACGCGCCUGGAAUUUCCACUGAAGUGUCAGAGAGAGCUGCAGCCUCAGCCGCAGAUUAACCGACUCAGUGAUCAGGGAUCGAUGGAAAAGUGAUAAAUCCUUGGACCCCCCGGAGAACCGUUGCUGUUGAACCCUUUGGUCGAGCUGGUUGGUGCACUCGAAAGGCGACAAUCAUCAUGAGCUGUACAACCAAAUUUUAAUUGCUCUCAAUUAAUGUGUUAAUCUACUGCUGAUUGAUUGAGUACAGUGGAGUGGCAUUUCGCUGGUUUGUUUGCUUGCGUGAUAAGUGUAUGUGUGUUUUUUGUUGUUUCGCGGCUGAAGUGAUAAAUCAUUAUACCGUUCGUGACGUAUCUCACGUUCCAAUGUGUGACAAAGAGGAUAUGUGAUUUUAAAAGUACAUAAUCAAUCAGCCCGAAUGCGGAAAUUAAAUUUCACGAAUCAGCAGCAAUCAUUUGUACGGUGUUGUGAUUUCAACCUUAUUGGAGCGUUCUGUGGUUAGGAGAACAAUACUUACUGCUGGAUAUUGGGUUCGGUGUGUGGCCAGGCCACUGAGAAAAUUAUUCGUUUCCUGUUCAUCCCGUCGUGGGAGUCAUCGUUGGAAUAUCGUAUCAUUCCAUGCUUGACACAUUUUAACAAAGUUUGGCCGUAAAAAGGCAACUUCUAGCUAGAGGAUCCAUCCGUCGGAUUUUUUCCUGUUCUACAAAGCUGUGAACCGGAGAGGAAAAUUCAAAAAUGGCAACGCAAACUCCAACCUUUUAGAGCCACUCUCGUGCGACAAGGACUACAGUGGCAGGCAGUCGGAAGCUCCAGCUAUGUCAACAUAAAAAUAUUGCAUUCCACAUUCCAUUGCCGCGCUCCGCAAACUACACUGGGCUGGGCUGGGAGAACAAAAAUGUAAAAUAAUGCAAAAGCAGUCAAGAUGACGAUAAAACUUCACGAGUGCAAACAUAAACAUCAUCAUAAACAUCAUCGCGGCAGUGACGGCAGCGGUCGUAGAAUUAAUUCCAUUCGCGACAAAGUGAAUAACGCUGGCGGUAGUGAACUCAGAGUGAUACCGGAAGAUGUCGGGAAUAGUGCAAAUUGUCGAAAUGGCGAGUUAGCAGAAUGUGACCAUUCUCGAGUUCAGAGUGAUGACACUGACGAAUGUUCCGAUUCCCGCCGGAAUGUGAACACGAACUGCGCGGUGUCGUCUGGUGGCGACCGCCAUCCUGCCACAAGCGUCGACAAUGAUUGCUAUCGGGAUCGGGCACAGCUACAUCAACAGUACCACCUCGAUCAGAACGACUACAUCCGAUCUAGCCAUCCGAAUAGUUUUAGUUUUAACUUUUUUGCUCACACAUUUCUGCGGAACAUAUCUGUACUGUAUAUAACAUUAGUGUUAAUAGUAACAAAUGUGGUGGCAGCAUUCGAGCCUGAUUUUGUAUACCCACUGGAAAAUGUUACGGUAGCAAAAGGACGUGAUGCGACGUUCACGUGUGUCGUGAACAACCUCGGUGGCUAUAGGGUGAGUGGGGAUUCGGCACCAGCUAGGGUCGCCUGGAUCAAGGCAGAUGCAAAGGCGAUCCUCGCCAUUCACGAGCACGUGAUCACCAACAACGGACGGUUGUCGGUUACGCACAAUGACUACAACACCUGGACGCUGGUGAUACGAAACGUCAAAAUGGAGGACCGGGGAGUGUACAUGUGCCAGGUCAACACCGACCCGAUGAAAAUGCAGACUGCAUUUCUGGAAGUGGUGAUCCCACCGGACAUAGUCUACGAGGAAACAUCGGGUGACAUGAUGGUCCCGGAAGGGGGCUCCGCUAAACUGGUCUGCAAGGCUCGGGGUUACCCGAAACCGAAGAUCAUCUGGCGUCGGGAGGAUGGCCGGGAAAUAAUCGCACGUAAUGGCACCCACGGGAAGAUGAAAGCCACGGUCGUGGAAGGUGAGAUGCUAUCACUUACCAAGGUGACGCGCUCGGAGAUGGGUGCGUACAUGUGCAUCGCGUCCAACGGUGUUCCCCCAUCGGUGAGCAAGCGGAUGAAGCUGCAAGUACAUUUUCAUCCUUUGAUACAAGUGCCGAAUCAACUGGUUGGCGCCCCACUGGGAACCGACGUAACACUCAUCUGUAACGUUGAAGCAUCCCCCAAGGCAAUCAACUAUUGGCAGCGCGAAAUUGGCGAGAUGAUAAUCUCCAAUGAGCGCUACUCGAUGACCGAAAAUGAAAGCUCGAUGUACGCGGUACAGAUGACGCUUGUGAUCCAGAAGCUGCACAAAGCGGAUAUGGGCGGUUACAAGUGCAUAUCGAAGAACAGCAUCGGGGAUGCCGAAGGAACGAUACGGUUGUACGAAAUGGAGCUCCAGAAAAAGACUAAAUCAGCACAUAGACUGAAUAGCGUCGAAGAUACCUCUGUAAAUGAUGAAAUCAACUCAACGCCCAACAUUGACCAACCCGAGGAGAAUAAUAAAAUCCACAAAAACGGCCGGCUCUACAAGGGCCUGCAGAGCAGCGAGCACAACGUGAUGAGCUCCGGAGCAGUCGGCAGUAGUCAUCAACUCUUCCAUCCGUUCCAUCUGCACCAUCGGCCCCAUCAAUCAUCCGGCGGAUGGUCCGGCAGAACAAAGCUUUUAAUUGUCCUGCUGGUGCACCUUCACCAACUGCUGAUCCGGCUGGCGAAGCUGCUGUUCGGUACAGUGCGCCGCAGCUUAUGCUUCUGUAGGAUAAUCUUUCGAAGUUGGACGGGCGACUCGUCCCCGGUUCUGUUAUACUCGUCGUUGUGAUUUUUGCUGUUACUUCUGCUGAUAGAUGUGCGUUUGAGCGUUGUAUAAGGCUGCUAGUUGUUGGGACAUCGUGGACAAUGCAAGCAAGAUCUUCCUCCAAUCACCUUAAAAGUAGUAUCAUUGACAAAUUGAUGAGCAUUGGCCGGAGUGGUUGAAAGCUGAACGAUGAAGUCCGCAGUACCAUCACAUCCCUCGUUCGCACCGAUAACUGUUUUCCAUAAACUCUCUCGCUGACUGCUUCUUCGUACGGAAAGUGACACCCAGAUUAUUAGAGGAAAAGUGUAAUGUGCUCCGUUCGCCUCGAUAUCUCUGAAAGAGUAAGUGCCAAAAUGAUACUGAAUUGAUACAAAGGAGUGCUAACAAAAAAGGUGAGCAAAUAAAAAAAUCAUCAUCUGGAAAUCAGAUGAGAAAAUCGUAAAGCCAUACACACACGAUCAUAAAAAGCUGUAUUCAUAUUCAUAGCCGAUGCCAAGUCGGAAACAAUAUAAGAGUUAUUUCAAAUGCAAAAAUAUGUGAGGGGAUAAAAAAAAGGAAAAGUUUUUAUUAUAAAUAAAAAUGUGGCGCUUAUUGUUACGUCGUGGAAAGAUAGCGAAUAUGAUAUGGAGCAGUAAUCUCGUCUAAAAAAGUGAAUAUGAGACGGAAAACUCACUACGCUACACAGAAAGAAAAAUCCACUGAAAUUUACGCUAAAAAUCAUGCACAUAAAUGGAACGCCAUUAUUAGCGUAAUUCCACACGGGAUAUAGCCUAAAUGUAUACAAUAUUUGACGUGAAUCGUCAAUAUUGCAUACAAGUUGUAAGCAAUCUUGUUAGGAAGAGGGCCAUUUCAGCGUACAAUAGCGUAAAUUUCCACAUGUCAAGUUUUACGCGAUGUUUAUUUUUCAUUAUUUUUUUCUGUGUAUACACUUAACAGUAGAUAAAACAAUAUUCAUAAAAACACGAACACUUUAACCAAUUUACUGGAGGUUAAACCACAAUGAUGCAACCAAUAAUAACAUUACAGUGCAUUUCAUAAACCCAACCAGUAAUAAUGACAAGUUUGGUGCAAACAACACCAGCGUUACUGAAACCGAUUAUGGUAAUGUGAAUUAUAAGACCGCUAUAGGAACUGAAACAAAAUACUGGAACUUCCCAACAGCUACUAUAAAAGUGUAAAUACGAGAUUGUAGUAAUAAAGACAACCCAUGAAGUAAGAUAAUACAAACUAUGAAAUAAACAAUUAAAAAUCACAAAAAUAA